UUAGAGCUGCUCAGCCUCAGUCAGUGUCAUCAUGGAGGAACAGCAGACGACUGGAGCCGAGUGAAGAGGACGAAAAAACGUUGCACCCAUCCUCGGUUUCACCUGCGUAUUACUAUAAAACAAAAAAGGUGAUCACUCCACUCAAACAGCACCGGACACACCUGAGAGGACACAGCAGGCAACAUGAAGCAUUUCCUAAGUGUGGUGACCCAGUUCUUCGUGUUCCUCUACUGUAAAUGUCUGUGGCGGGGCCUGAAGUUUGUCGCCAGGAAGUUCACGGGGCGCUGCGAGCUGCAGCGGAUCUGCUACAACAACAAGCACGGAGCCCGCAGGACCCUUAAGAUAGAGUCGUCUCUGCGGUACUCCAAGAAUGAGCUGCUGCAGUCGGCCCUCAGCGUCCACCCUGACAAAGUGGAGAAAACCAUCGACAACAUCAUGGCCUUGAAGAGGAUUAACCCCGACACCAACCCACAGCUGAGCAUCUCUCUCCAGGCCAGCCUGCUGCAGAUUGUGGGCUACAGGAGCCUGGUGGCGGAGGUGGAGAAGCUGCGCAGGGAGCCGUACGACUGCGAAAACCCCGAACACGAGGACAUGCUGAUGAAGCUGUGGAAGGAGCUGCGUCCUGACACUCCUCUCACCGGACGAAUCUCCAAACAGUGGUGUGAGAUCGGUUUCCAGGGCAGCGACCCGAAGACAGAUUUCAGAGGCAUGGGCCUACUGGGCCUCCACAACCUGCUGUAUUUCGCUGAGCACGAUAAGGCCACCGCUCUGCAGAUGCUCCACGACUCGCUGCAACCAAAGCACAAGAGCACACACAGAAAGCCAAGUGAGAUGAACAAGUCUGAAUGGGAACAGAAGAACCUUGACAAAGCUAUCGGCUACUCUUUUGCCAUCGUGGGCAUCAACAUCACAGACCUGGCGUACUCUCUGCUGGUGAGUGGAGCUCUGAAGACCCACCUGUACAACGUUGCCCCAGAGAUGCCCAGUCUGCUGCACCUCCAGCAGACCUUCUGUUACCUGAUGCAGGAGUUUCACCGUUUCUGGAUCGAGGAGGAUCCGAGCGACAUCAUGGAGUUCAACCGGGUCCGCUCCAAGUUCCACCGGAGGAUCCUGCGACAGCUGAAGAACCCGGACAUGGCCCUCUGCCCCCACUUCUCCGCCUCCGACCUCCACCUGGUCAACCUCUAAACACCCUUCCCCCAACCCCAACCACCCUCACCCCCACACACACACAGAGGGCCCCCCCCUCAGAUGUCCGGUAACCCUUUACACACUCACAUUAAUGGUUCUUUAAACUACCGGACUCUCUCUCUCUGGAGGGGUUGGAGACUCUCUUCCUUUCUCCCCGCUCAGUCCACCUCGUCCCAGCUAACGUCAUAUCGCGUCACUGCCAACAGCUCUCCACACACACACACGCACGCACACACACACACACACACACACUGCCUCUACGCCCUCACUGCAGCGUUAGACCACCAGCAUCAGAGAUGACCAUAGCGAUUGUAGCUGUGCAUGAGGAGGCUGCAACCAUCGACCAUCACAGACUCACAUCAUUACGUGUUGCUUUAAAGAAUUCAUGACGAUUGUAUCACAGCCGUUUACAACCUCAGUUAUAUGAAACCUUUGAGCUUAUUGUUCUCAUAACAAAACCAAAAUUUACUUUCUCAACCAAAAGAAGAGUUCACCUUUUUUUUUUUUUUUUUUGAUUGUGAUCAUCAGUUCGGGAUAUUUUGGCAAUUAGCUGGUCGGACUUUUUCGAGCUCCAACGUGUCAAAUGUUUUAUAUUCUAAAUGAAGAGCUAUAGAUUAAAAAUGUAAAUGAUCCGUCGAAGCAUGAAAAAGAAAUGUUGCUGGCGCUUAUUCAAUCAAAAGAAGCUAUCAAACUAAAUAGGCCCCAGUUCAUCUCUUUACUUUGUAUAUUAGGGAGUCGUUAUAUAGAUUGUACUGUACUUUUUAACGGACUUUCUCCUUGCCAAAAUAUCGAAUGUGGAGAAUUUACAAUCAACAGCAGCAGUUUGUUUCUCAAAUGUUAAAAGUUUUUGUAAACCUGCUAAAAGGAUGUUCGGAAAUAUUUAAAAACUUUGUCGUUUCGUUAAGUUUGAACGCUGAAAGAGCUGCAUAAGCCCCGCCCCUUUUGUGCUAGCCUCGUCUAUGUUGGAAUAAAAACACAUUUUAAAGAUAAAAGCGACAAAUAAUCACAUCUUAAGUUAUCUUUUCGACAUAGACGAGGUUAGCAGAUAAUAUCUAACACAGGAGAGCAGAAAGUUAGCGGAGGCUCGCUCAACUGUCAUUGGAGGAGAGCAAAAAGGGGGCGGGGCUUAGAAAGCUAUUUCCUCGUACAGAGAAAUAAUUAACUACAAUUAAAAAUACUUUAUGAGCAUUAUUUUACAGGUUUGCACAACUUUUUAUAUUUUUGCCUUUGGUUUGACCCCACGCAGAGAUUCAGUUACGAAUGUUCCUCACACUCACGAUUGUUUGAUUUUACUUCAUUGAAUGUGACACUGUGUCCACUGUCGUAUCAGCCAAAGCAAUAAUUUACAUUCAUUUCACCGCACGUAUAUUUUAUGUGCACCGUGCGUGCCUGAGUAUUUGUUUCUCUUUCUAAAACCGGAGCUGGAAUGCUAAUCGAUUCUGUAGCUGCUACGUGUGGCGUUCAAUAGACGGCAGUUUAAUUGUUUAAUGCCGGCCUUUUUCAGUAAAGCCAAAGACAGCGAGGGGGACGGGCCGAUGUGCGGUUUUAAUGCUACACAUAGCAGCGUUAAGAGGCGUCUGUUAUUAUCUCUUUAACACACUCCAGAGAGAUACAACGUUAAAUGUAGAGUUGCUCCAUAGACAGUGGAUUAAGGGGGGUUAAUACGUUAGAGAGCUGAGUGUGAGAAUAAAGUAAAGAUGGAGGCGUUGAUCGGUCAGUUAACGCACCAGCUGCAGAGCCGUCACUGUCAGCUCUCUACUGUUUAAUUACUGUAUUUAAUUACUUUCAUUACAUUCAUUUUACCCAGAAAGACAUCUUAGAUUCACAGACUAUAUCGCAAUAUUAUAAUUAAACAAAUAUAUAUAUAUAUAAAAUCAUCUGUCAUCAUAAAUUACACUCAAACCACCCAAAAACUGUCUGAAUCCAUAAAAAAAACACCAAAUUAAAUAUUAUAACAUAAUAAAUUAAUUAAAACUAAAAUAACCUGAGACAUUGAAUACAGUUUCUGUGACACUGAUUUAUCUUGUUUAAUCUGCUGUUAAGGGGUCGUCUUUAUAGACUGAUACUGACGAUAAUCUUGAUAUUUAAAAAUGAAAUAUUGAUAAUAAUAGUUAAUAAUAUUGUGUAAAUAAUCCAGAGCCUCUUGAAUCAUUUCUUUCUUUAAUGCACAUUAACACUGGUUGCAGAUGAGUUCAAUUAAUUUGCCAAAAAAGUUUAAUUUGACUGAAUAUUGUUAUUAUUAUUGUCAAAUGUUGUAUAUUUAGUUGUGAUAAUAUCAGUCGUAGUGCAUCCACAACUGCACACUGUUCAGCAUUAGUUCACAUAUAGUAUUUAAAUUAUAAUUUUAAUAAUCUCUUACCUAAUGUUUAUUAUUUCCACUCAUUCUUUACCUCACUGUAAAGCAGCGGUGGUCAGUUGUGGUUUCACAAGUUAAAAAGAAGCAAAAUAUUCAAGGAAAAUCUGACAAAAUAAACACAAUUUGCAGCAGAAAUAUGUUUUUUUUCUGCUUUAUUAUCUUAUUGUGAUUCAUUGUGGUUUAUUAUCUUAUUGUGAUUCAUUGUGGGUGUCCCGACCCCCCCACACAGCUGGUAACCACUGCAGCAAAUUACCAUCCAGUCAAGAAACAUUGAAAUAAAUAAACAAAUGAACUGAAUCAUUGUCUAUGGAGCAGCAGUUUGAUUGUUAUCUCAGCUCUGAGUCAUCAUUUUAGUUGCCACUUGAAAGAUAAAUCAACAAAAAGCCCAAAUCCGACACCCUCCUCUUCCUCUUCAGCAGCAGUUGUCGACCACUGUAUUUAACAUUCACGAGCGUUCGCUGUCGAUCUGACGAACAAUGUACUUUUAUUAUUUGACUGCCGCGCUUGCACUGUUGAUUGUGUUUUAACAGUAUUGACGUGAUGCUAUUUUAUUUUGUCGGGUCAGUAUUACGCAGCUGUUUACGUCAGUGCUGGUUUUCAUCUCCCGCUUGCAUUUUGUUUUAGUUUUUAUUGCUUUGCUAUGGUCAGCUUUUGCACUAUUGUAAAAAAAAAAAAAAAAAAAGGUAGUAAACAAGUAAUUUGUGCCGUUUAGGAGUAAAAAGGGCCGCCGAGUCCCACGAUACUGUAGAUGAAGUUAAGUACACGCUGCUGUAUAUUCUGCUUUUGAAACUUAAGACCACACGAUCUGCAUGAUGAUAUUUUCAGUGUCACCGAUUAUUCAGCUUUCUGUAUUAUUCAGUAAAAAAAAGGCUAAAAGAUCAUUAUAGAUAUUGUAAUCGUGUGCUUCAUUUGUCUGUGCUGUACUUUUUGAGACCACAAUAAAAACUAAAUGUCUAAAAACUCA